AUGUCGACCACAACAACGACCAGUGUCAACGAACCUGCUACCACCUCCGUCUUGUUACAAAACGGAAAGACGUUUCAAUACACAUCGAACGAGCCCACCUCGCUGGAGCAGAUACCAGUGAUCGAUAUUGCCUGCAUCUAUAGCGACAAGCUCGAGGACCGCAAGGCUGUCGCUGAGGAAGUGCGAAGGGCUUCGCACGAUAUUGGCUUCUUCUACAUUGUCAACCAUGGCAUUGACCCUUCCUAUAAAGAGCAAGCCUUUGAGAAGGCGAAGUUGUUCUUUGAGCUACCAGAGGAGCAGAAGAUGGAGGUCUUCACAGGCAGAGUGCCAGGAGAGUUCGUCGGCUACCAUCCGAUGGAAGCCUACAACCGCAAUCAGUGGAAGCAUCGAGACUUGAGUGAAGCAUUCAAUCUCGCCUAUGACGCUUCAACGGACCCGGAAGCUGUCGAUAAGGAUGAGCCUUCGAUCAGCAUAUGGCCAUCCGAUCAGCCGGAAUUCAAGCAAGCCAUGUACGGCUAUCACACGCAGCUCUUGCAGCUUGCCAGGCGUUUGACAAGGAUAUUUGCACUGGCGCUGCAUGUGCCAGAGGAUGCUUUCGAUGAGUACAUUAAAACUCCGGAGGCUGGCAUGAGGAUAAUUCACUACCCAAGCCAGGAGAGAUCGAGGGAUGACCAGCAGGGCAUCGGCGCUCACACCGACGUCGAAUGCUUCACAAUCGUCACCCAAGACGACUCUGGAGGCCUCGAGGUCCUCAGCAAGCAGAACUCCUGGAUCAGAGCGAAUCCAGUCCCCGGAUCAAUGUUGGUCAACAUUGCAGACUGCUUCAUGAGGCAGACCAACGACUUCUUCGUCUCGACCGUCCACAGAGUCAUCAACCAAAGCGGCAAGGAGAGAUUUUCCGUGCCUUUCUUCUUCGGGUUCGAUAGGUCUAAGGUCCUUGAGACUGUGCCGACUUGUGUCAGCGACGAGAAUCCGGCCAAGUAUCCCGCGAUGACGGCGGGAGAGUAUUAUGCUUGGAGGACGAACAGACAGAAGAGCGAUGGGACCAAAGGAGAGAAUGAUGCCUCGAAGCAGUAG